AUCCCCCCAAUCCCGGCCUGAUCCCUCCAAUCCUGGCCUGAUCCCCCCAAUCUCCUGGCCUGAUCCCAAUCCCGGCCUGAUCCCCAAUCCCGGUCUGACCUCCCUAAUCCUGGCCUGAUCCCCAAUCCUGGACUGACCCCCUCCCCCAAUAUGGCCUGAUCCCAAUUCCUUCCUGACCUCCCCAAUCCCGGCCUGGCCCCCUAAUCCCAGCCUGAUCUCCAGUCCCGGCCUGAUCCCCCCCAAUCUGGCCUGAAUCUUAAUCCCAGACUGAUUCUCAAUCCGCAAUUGAUCUUCAAUCCUGGUCUCAUCCUCAAUCCCAGUUGGAAUCUCAGUCCUUGACUGAUUCUCAAUCCCGGUCUGAAUCUCAAUCUGCAAUCCCAGUGCCUGCUCAUUUGUCAUUGUUGGCAGCCGCCCCAAGCAAGUUGGAAGCUACAUACACCUGGAUGGUGGAAAUCUAAAAUAUAAACAGAAAAUUCUGGAAUCACUCAGCAGGAAUGGAUAUUUCAGGUCAAUGACUUUUUGUCAGACAGAAAAAGUUUGUUGUGAAGAAGCUGAAUCUAAGAAAUGUUUCCAGCCGUGAGCGCAAAGCAGCAGAACAAGAAGCCCAGCUUUUAUCCCAACUGCGACAUCCCAACAUUGUUACCUACAGAGAGUCAUGGGAAGGAGAUGAUGGACUUUUAUAUAUUGUGAUGGGUUACUGUGAAGGUGGGGAUUUAUAUCACAAGCUGAAGGAACAGAAGGGCAAAUUGCUUCCAGAAAGUCAGAUUGUGGAGUGGUUUGUCCAGAUUGCCAUGGCUUUACAGUAUUUACAUGAAAAACACAUCCUGCACAGAGAUCUUAAAACUCAAAACAUUUUUCUAACAAAAACAAAUAUUAUUAAAGUUGGAGACCUGGGCAUUGCCAGAGUGUUGGAGAACCAGCAUGAUAUGGCCAGUACUCUGAUUGGAACACCUUAUUACAUGAGUCCUGAACUCUUCUGUAAUAAACCAUACAACCAUAAGUCUGACGUUUGGGCCCUUGGUUGUUGUGUGUUUGAAAUGGCAACAUUGAAACAUGCCUUUAAUGCCAAGGAUAUGAACUCCUUGGUUUUCAAGAUUAUUGAAGGAAAGCUGCCACCUAUACCAAAGGAAUACAGUGAACAGCUGGGAGUACUGAUACAUAGCAUGCUGAGCAGAAGGCCUGAGGAACGACCAGAUGUCAAAGCUGUUCUCAGGAAGUCAUAUGUCAAGAGUCACAUUGCCUUGUUCUUGGAAGCCACAAAAGCGAAAGCUAUGAAAACACGUAAGAAAACCUCUUUAGAAUCUAGACCCAUUAAUUCCUCCACUGUGACAUUGAAGCACAAUUCAGAACAUGAAUCUGGGGUCCUCUUGCAGGACAUGGAUCCUACCAGGAAAUAUGUAAAGAUGGAAGAAAAGGCAUCUCAGAAAAGCAAGCUCAAUGAAGUGACCUGUACUAAUCAGGAAGAAGAAAAGCAUUCAAAUGUUUCUCACCAGGUUUUGAACAGCACAACAAACUCAGUAGCUACAAUAAGCAAAGUAGACAUUGAUAUUAUGCAUGGAGCUGAAAGAAGGACCUCUAAUUCUGACAGUACAAAGGGGGAUGAACCUUUACCCAGCUUAAAAGGCUGUCUUAAUGCAGAAGCCAAAAUACUCGCCAGCAGUACUCGGGCUGACAAUACUGAACUACACAAUGGUAUAAUGCUGAAAGGAAAAGCUGAAAACUCUGAUAACCAGAUCUUAGCUAAAUUCUCUGAUGGAAAGGAUGACACCUUUGAGCUGCUUCAGCCUGUCUUUAAGGAAGUGCAGUCACCUGAGGUGCAGGAGAGUUUUGACUCUACAGAAAAAUUGCUGCAACCAUUUGUACCAAUUAGAAUAACUGAAGAGCCUUCAGAGACUGUCACAAAACAACCUGAAGAAAAGGAUCCUAUAUCUUACAUGCCACAUUGUUCUUCAUCUGAGCCUUCAAUCUCACUGCAGUGCAGACAGAAGAACAAUGAAUUUGUGAGGAAGACUGAGAAGGUAAAAGCAUCAGCUCCUAGACAAUUGCCUUCUCCACCACAUAAUGAACCUAAAGUUCACAUAAAGAAGCUGCAGAAUAAUGCAGAUAAAAUUGUCAGUGGAAUCUCCACAUCAACGGUGAACUCCAAGGAUCAUGAAAUCAGAGCCUCACAGGACCGUCCAUUAUCUGCCAGAGAACGAAGAAGAUUAAAACAAUCCCAAGAAAAGUAUCCUUAUUCAGUUUCCACUUCAAGAAGGAGCUCACAUUGUGGGGCUUUAGAAGCUAACUCAUAUGAAGAGAACAAAAAGGUGAAAGUCAGCCAAUCCUUAUCAGAUAUAGCUAUCUAUCAUCGAAAGAGGACAAGUGAGUCAUCCCAUCGCUUUUCGGAUGAUGACGAGUAUAGCUCUUCAACCAGCUCAACUGACAAAUCAGAGGGGGACUGCAAAGAAGCGAAACCCGAUUCUAAUGAAAUGCAUGAUCUGGUAAAACUGAUGACUCGGACAUUAAGCAUGGAUUCAAAAGAUGCCAAUAGAGAAAAUUCAAUGCUUGUUCCAACACCAGAAUUCAAACUACAGCGAAAGUAUAGAGAUACUCUGAUUCUUCAUGGGAAAGCUAAGGAAGAUCCAGAGGAUUUUUGUUUCAACGAUUUUCCCGCUGAGAUUUUAUCUGUACCAGAGAAGAUCAAAAGAACAAUUCAAGCUCUACGAACAGAUGUUGUAAAAGGAUUAGGAGUAAAGCUUUUGGAAAAAGUAUAUAACGUUAUGGAAGAUAAUGAUGAACUCAGGAGGGAGGAAUGCCUACAGGAACACAUGGGUGAAGAUUUGUACCAGAAUUACAGUAUGAAGGUCCAACAACUAAAGUUCUUUGAAGAUAAUUCGAACUUUUGACUGCAUGGUGCCGAAAACAAUUUAAUGGGUUGGUUCAAUUUAAGAAGUGCCUUGUUAAACACUGAUCAGUUAAAAUGUGUCCAUCACAGCUGGAAAACUCAGUUGUCCAAAUGCAUGCUGGCACCUCUUGGAGUUCUUUUAACUUUGUACCAUGCAAUUGAUGACAAAGAAACUACACAAAGGAUCAUGAAGCAAUGGACACUGUGCCUAGCCAUGACAUCUUUCAGUUUGUGAAUUAAAAUGACUAUUACAUCAUAUCUUUACAUUAUCAACUUAAGGCUGUUGACGAAAUAUUAGAUGAACAGUUAAAUAUAUGUUUUGUUGAUAUGCAGUUGAUGUUCUGUAUUGCAAGAUACCUAUCUCAUACAUAGACAAGCAGUGUCUAUCACAGAAUUUACUACACCUUUGGCAUCUUAAUUGGAUCCUUAAAUUAUGUUUUACACUAAAGUGCUAAACAUAUUCAUAGCUCAGUUUGAAACAAUUGCAGUUAGUCAAUUUAUGUCUGUGUAUAACCACAAAUUCUGUUUCUAUAAAUUGCCCACAGCAUAUUUUAGAAUGUGCUUUAAGGGCAUUUUUUUCAUGCAGCUCCAAAGAUACAUGACUUUAAUACCACCUAUUUCAUUUUCCUACAAUUUUCUAACCUCCUAAAUUUCUACUGUGAUACAGUUUUAGCUAUUUGUUAUCUCACAGUAGCAGCUGUUCUUGGUGAGCUUAAGAGUGAGUUGCAGAAAGAUCCUCAAAUAAAAUAUGCACACUUUCCAUUGGGGUUACUAGUUGCAAUCAUGACUGCUAAUUCUGGAUGAUUUUCCUUUUCUAACCCAGGGGGUUGAAGCCACUUUAGCACUUUUUGACACCACCAAAAUGAGAUGAAAUAACUCAAGCAAGAACAAAUUCAACCAUGGACACUCCUCAUCUGUAUGGUUCACGGGGAGAUGGUGAAGAAAUGGUAAUGUCUCUGGGCUAGUAAUCCAGAGGCCCAAGCUAUGGUUUCAGAUCCCACCAUGGCUGCUGGUGGAAUUUAAAUUCAAUUAGUAAAUUGGAAUAUAAAAUUAGUCUCAGUAAUGGUGACCAUGACAACUAUUGAUUGUUGUAAAAACCCAUCUGGUUCACUAAUGAGCUUUAGGGAAGAAAAUCUGCUGUCCUUCCCUGGCCUACAUGUGACUUCAGACCCACAGCAAUGUGGUUGACUCCCAUCUGUCCUCUGAAAUGGCCUAGCAAACCAUUCACCAAGGCCAAUUAGGUAUGGGCAACAAAUGCUGGCCUUACUAGCGACUACCAUAUACCAUGAAAAAAUUAAAAAACAUAUUGAACAAUGUAUUUUCACAAUCUAAGCUUGCCUUCUAAUGCAAGGUCUAUAAUUUAAGGUUUUGUGCUCACAAAAACAAAUACCCUGCGUAUUUUUGGAAAUAUUGACUGUGCAAGACCAUAUGAAUCAAUGAGAGUUUUAUGCUUUACAUUUGAGAAUUUAGAAACAUAGGGAGGAAAGCGAGAAGGGAUAUAUCAAUAUGCACAUCAGUUCAAACAGUGGGCAAACCAGACAUAUUGGUAUUUGUCAUGAGAGAGGAAACAAGUGAGUAAAAAUUCAUAUCAAGCAUUUUCUUUCUAUAUACAGGAAUAACCUGGUGUAAGCAUUUGCUUAGUUCUUUCUAUCCACUGGUUUGUGCUUGAAAUAGGAAAUAAUUUCCCACAAUAACAGUUUCAACUUCAACCUGACCAAUAUCGUACAGAGGAAGAUAAUAUCUGAUCCAUGUGCAAUUUGUAUUGAAUCACAGCUUUCAGACAUAACUACAAAUAUGACUUCUCAAUUAGGUUUGUUGUAUUGUUUCUUUAACUGAACUUUGUCUAAAUAUGUUCAGUCAUAAACAUAGGAUUUGUAAACUUAGUUAUAUUGCAAUAUUUGCUAGAGGAAUAAUGUACACUUUUCAAAGUAAAUUGAAUGUAGUUUCAUCUGAGUUUCCUACAAGCUAUAACAUUGCACACCUUUGAAGUCUGUUAUCCAAUUGAUUUCUUAAUGUCAUAGUUUAGUGAUUUAAAAACAAUAACUAUAGAGCACUGGACUCCCUACUCGAGAAAGUUGAGUUCAAGUCUUAAUUUUGACUAACUUUACUUUCUGCCUUUAAAUUUGUCCAUCUCAGAUGAUAGGAGUUGGAAAGUGUUUUUGAAUACAGGUUGCCUAAAAAGUGUAUCUGUUUAUGUUUAAGCAGAAUAAAUUAAGUUUAUUAUUCCAUUUUGAAAUGUAGUUGAAGUUAUAAAAAUUUUUUUAAAAAAUCAUUGUAGAUGUGUAAUUUUUGAUUGCUUAGGAACACUGACAUUUUGUCACUUCACACAGUAAAAAUUCUUAUGGCUCCCA